CUACUAAGAAAUACUUCUUGGGCAAAAUUAUUUGUUAUUUUCUUUAUCGUAUAUUACAACGAAACAAUUUCUCUUCCAGAUGCAGGCGUUGUAGUGGGUUCAAUAAAUCCAUGGGUUGAAAGUCUUUGCUUAAAAAAUGGAGCUAAAAAACUGCUUACAUUGGAAUAUAAUAAAAUUAUUACUGAUCAUGAGAAGUUAGGGUACGAGCAUCCAAUAAAAUUUGCUCGAGAAUGGCAAAAGUACGUAGAAAAAUUCGAUUUUGUAAUUUCGUUCUCAAGUAUAGAACACAGCGGAUUAGGUCGAUAUGGCGAUCCGUUAGAUCCAAUUGGAGAUAUCCGUGAAAUGCAGAAAACGUGGUGUAUUUUAAAAGAAGGAGGCUUGGCUUUCCUCGGUUUGCCAUCAGGUAUGGAUGGUCUUUUCUACAACGCUCAUAGAGUUUAUGGUCGAGUAAGGCUGCCAUUGUUAUUUAAUGGUAAGACAUUGUUUUCCCAAAAUCUGAAAAUAGAAAUCGAAGUCACAGACCUAUUCUGGCACUUUAAUAGAAAGUAG